UUGACUCUUUUUCAUCCAUAGCCUUGAGCAGCAUUGUGGCAAGCCUUUGUGGCAAGCCUUUUGCACAAGAUGCAGCUUCCAGGGCUUGGUGGCAUUCGUGGCUCUCGGCUGCGCAGGUUGCGCAGGUGCAGCUUCACAACUGUUUCAGCCGAGUCGAAGACCUCAGCCUCCCAUGGAAUGCCACUGGCAGUGCAUCUUGCACACGCAGUCAGAGCUCCACAGAACGCUGGAGAGCUGUACUUUGGAGCUGGUCAAGGUGUGGACUUGGGUGCCGUGAAACCUGGACAUGCUGGGCAGUUCUACCAGCGAGUUUUGCCUCCAGCACAGGUGCCCUUUGCUUCAUCGGAUGGACGACUUCGCUUUAAAAAGGCUUUGGAAAACGGUACCAUGGAGAGCUUCUUCUUCUUGGCUGAGCAGUUUCGGACUCAAGAUGAGCCGACCUUCUGUGGCUUAACGACUUUAGCUAUGGUCUUAAAUUCUCUUCGCAUCGAUCCCAUGCGGACGUGGAAGGGAGCCUGGCGAUGGUACAACGAGCAGAAUCUCGCAUGUUGUUUUGGACCUGAACGAGUCCGAGCGGAAGGCCUCUCCUUUGACAUGUUCAGUUCCCUGGCCCGGUGCAAUGGUGCCGAGGUCAACGCGAAGCGUGCAGACGCAGACGCAGCAGAUGCAGCAGACGCACAUGCGAACGAACUCAAUCGUUCUUCCUUCAUUGCAGACUUUCGGAACGCAGUGCGAAGAGUGAGUGCAAGCAGUCAACGAGAGUGCUUAGUGGUCUGUUACACCAGGGAAGUUCUGGGCCAGAGCGGAGCAGGUCAUUUUUCACCAAUUGGAGGCUAUCAUGAAGAGACAGACUCUGUCCUCAUUAUGGAUGUAGCUCGCUUCAAGUACCCACCACACUGGGUGCCACUCACUGACUUGGCAGAUGCAAUGCUCAAGAUGGAUCCCCGCACUGGAAAGUCACGGGGAUUUCUUCAUCUGCAUUUACCAACACGAAGUGCCAAUGGUGCCCAUGGUGCCUUUUCCGGAGCACCUUUUCGGGUGCCUUUUGUCCCACCCGCUGCUGGGCGACGCCUCUCAGAGGCCUUUGCUGCAAAGCUUGAGGCCGAGAGGUUUCAGAGUGACAUACCAAGUCUGGCUGAGCUGCCUGUGCCAAGCGUGGAGAGCGGAUGUCUUCUCAAGACUUUGCCAUCUCAAAGUCCGCAUGCUCACGCUCACCUGGUUCUGAUACAUCGUUGGCUGUCUGCUGUAGCUGUGGUGGAGCCACAGGUAUGGGGGCAACUCUUGCAGGUGAGUGAUUUGGAAGCGGUCCAAGAGGUCUUUGCACGCUUGUCUUCCUACCAGCCCUUCAAAGAUCUCUGUGAAGCCUAUGCUUUGGCCAGACAGCAGAUUUGCACAGCAGAAUUCCCUCCAUUACGCUUCAGACCUGACGACUUCGACAACUUCGACCUUAGAACCGAGCUAACCCUUUGGAGCUGCGGAGAAUUGUGGGUACUUUUGCUGCUUUUGCUCCCAGAGCACAUGCAACAGCUGUUGACUGUGUCCGACUCUCCCGACUUGCCCUCCUUUGCAAAGGGCAUGGCUCGUGCCAUUCGUGGGCCUUGGGCAUUGCCCUUGGAAGCACAGAGAGACACUUUGAGCCACAUCCUCCCUGUGCCGCGGGCGAAAAGAGCUUGUGGCCAAACGAUGCUGAGGCAUGCUAAGGCAUGCUGAGGCACACUGCAGGUGCAAGGGGAAGAUGGAAAGCAGACUGAAGGGUGAUUCUGAGCGAGCCCAGAAUCCGUGUCGAUAGUGUGUCGUGAAGCUCAAUGGAAGCGCGAAACCCGGGACCUCUUGGCUGUCCCACUUGAAGGACUUUGCGUCAGCGCCAGACGUCGCUGACCAAAAGGACCAAAGAUCGCAACAAAAAAGAUUGUUUUUUCAAACUUUCUGUUGGGCAAGUGAUGCGGGAGUAGGUCGCAAAACCUGUC